UUAUCGUCUAGUACAACAUUGUAUGAGGCACCUUUUUAAUUUAGUUUACACAGAUCUCUAUGGGGACCAUCCUCAGUCACUUCUCAUGCAUGUUGGUUUUCGGUACUUUGCUCUCUUUAUUGAUCAUGCAACCAGGUAUACAUGGGUUUGUUUUUUGAGGUACAAAUCGGAUGUUCUUAAUUGUGCAAAGGGAUUGAUUCAGUUGAUCAAGACUCACUUCCAUAAAAUGAUUAAUUAAGGGGUUCUUUGGAUGGAUCAAUUGCAAAUUGUAAUUGCCUCAAAACGAGUUAAUUCAGAAUUCCCCAUGACAAAUUGCUUCAUUCAAAUUUUAUGCUGCCAAAUGAGUCAAUCUCACUCAAUUGUGUCAGAUUGAUCAAUUAGAAUUUCUCAUCCAAACAAGGUAAUUCCGUUUAGACCCAGUAGGAGAAUUCAACUUUGAUCCUUUGAUAUCAUUUUGUAAAACACGUGACAUUUUGUCCCAACAAUCAUGUCAUGGGGUUUCUCAACGUAAUGGACUCGUAAAAUAGAAGAAUCAACAUGUUUUGGAGUAGGGCUGGCGGACGGUUUUCCGGUUAGUGGCUAACCGGACGGUUUCAACCGAACCGUCUGGUUUUCGGCUAGCCGAAAAACCGAUCCCAAUGGCGUCGGUCGGUCGUCGAUAGCGAGGGGAGAAGGCUCGGCUAGCCGACCAACCGAGGUUGAAAACCGGCGGUUAGCCGACUAACCGAUCCUUUACUCAGCCUAACCUAAACGACCCGGCCCCCUUCUCAAAACGACCCCUCUCUAGUCCCUCCCCAAACCCUAUACGAUUCACCCCCUUCUCUUCCGUCAUCCUCUCUCUCUUCUCUUCCCUUUCACCUCUCAAAAUGUAACGCAGAAGAAGAACAUGAAAACCCAGAAGAAGAAGAAAGAAGAACUGUCACGACCACCGCCGCCUCACGACCGCCGCCUCCACCAUCGUCGACGUCGCCACGCCGCCUCCACCAUCGUCGACGUCGCUCCGCUGCCUCCACCCUCGUCGCCUCGCCGCUCGACCUCUGCCUCCACUCGCCCUCCGCCUCCACUCGUAGGCAGCAGCAGCUCGACCUCCGCCUCCACUCGCCGCCGCCUCCACUCGCCGCCGCCGCGCCUCUGCUCUGUGUUUCCAGAUCUGAAAUGGAAGAAGGAAGGAGGGAGAAGGAAGGAGUGGUGGGUGUUGUGGGUUUGAAAUGGAGGAAGGAGAGAGAAGGAUUGCUGCUCUGGAAAGUGGAUAGGAAGAAGAAGAAUCGAGAAGUGAGAGGGUGAGGAGUGAUUGGUUCAGAAUUUUGUUGCUUUAAUUUUUUUCUUAAGGGUAUUUUCCGGUUGGCCGGCUAACCGAGCCUAAAACCGAAACCGACCGGUCGGUUGGCCGGCUAACCGUGACCACUCUCACGGUUGGCGGUCGGCAGGUAUGUAGGGUGGCUCGGUUUAACCGAUAUCCGGGAUUUUGGUUUUCGGUUAAACCGAAACCGACCGACUACCACCCCUAUUUUGGAGUUAACACGAACCAUUCUUUUUCAUUCGCCCGUAAUGAGUCAUGGAUGGUCAGAAACGGUACAUACCGUGGUGUAUCUCAUCAAUCAUAAGAUCACUUCAGUCUUAGCAAAUAAAUUGUUUGGCAAUGCUCCUAAUUACACAACUCUCCGCGUGUUUUGGUGUGUUUGUUAUGUUCUUUUUCUAAAAAGGAGCUCAGCGAGUGAGUGUUAAUUGUAGAACCGUGUACAAUUUAGUGUAGUUAUGUACUACAAAGACACAUAAGGGUUAGAGGUUCCCGGAUCAAGCCCUAUAAAUAUUAUAACUUGUUGAUCGAGAUCGAACUACACAUGUAAACCGUAAUAAUAAUACCUAAAACCU